CGUUGGGCCAGCGAGAGGUCGCACGGCGGGAGUCAAGCUUUUUAGCGCGCCCAAAGCAAAUUAGCGCGUGCCAAUGCUGCGUGGUUUCCAGGACAGCCAGCUGCUCGCCCUCGUCCCGCCCGUGCGACCAGCAGCGAGCCCCUUCACCUCCUCAAACACGCAGCAGGAGCGCUUCACGGCUCUCAAACACGCUCGCUCGCCGUCCUCACCCCAAGUCGCUCGUUCUAGCAUUGCAUUAGUUGUCGAUAGCGUCCCUGCGCCCGCUGCAGCAGGCUAGGUACCGGCUCCUCACAUCCCGCGCCACCACCAAUCACCACCCUCGACCCGUCUGCAACACUCCGCAUCCUUGGAAAUCGUCAUGCCCGCCGCGGCUUCCUCC